UUUGAAAAGUUUUGGUGUCGUGACGUCAUCACCAAGAGACCACACGCCUCAUUCAUACCGUUCCUGUUAGCACGUCGAACUAACCAGCAGGGUCAUCAUCAUGGACAUGCUUUAUGGUCCAUUGGGCCAGGGUGUAGUAGCAGGGCUGGGCUGCGGGCUCCUCCUCGGCUGGCACCUUCGGGCUCGCUUAGGUCCAACAUCCAAAACCUUGAUGGCAGCGAUGGGGAACGGCACUGGUGAAGCGAACGUGAUGGGAGAAGGAGGCGAGUUUAAGAUGGUGUUAGUGGUCCGAAACGACCUGAAGAUGGGCAAAGGGAAGGUGGCCGCCCAGUGCUCCCAUGCUGCUGUAUCUGCCUACAAACAGAUGCAGCGCAGGAACCCUGAGCUUCUCAAACAGUGGGAGUACUGCGGGCAGCCCAAGGUGGUGGUGAAGGUGCCCGAUGAGGACACCCUGAUUGAUCUGCUGGGUCACGCCAAAGAAGUGGGGCUCCCUGUCAGCCUGAUUCAGGACGCAGGAAGGACUCAGAUCGCCCCUGGGUCCCGCACCGUACUGGGAGUGGGCCCAGGCCCAGCUGAUCUCGUUGACAAGGUCACAGGAAACUUGAAGCUCUACUAGAGUUUGCAUCUGUCGGACUUGCAAACAAUGUCUUUGUUGUUUAAACGAAUUGCAAUGAGUUUGUGUUUUUAUAAAACAAUUGACUCGGUUUCAUACAUGUGAAGUUUCAGAUUUGGACACGUGCCGACUACCUUUGUUGGCUCUUGAAUAGCAGCAGUAACUGCUUGAUGCAUACUAUUUUACUGUGCUACUUCUGUGACAAAAACACCACACACUUUCCUCCUCUCUAAACAGUCUGCCAAGGUUUGUUUUUGAAGAGGAACAGACAUGACAAUGAUUGUUGAUCUCAUCAGAAUCCCAGGACAAUAAAAGUGAAACAUUUUCAGUGCAGACAUUUUGACUUGUCAUAGGAAAAUCACCUAAACAUUGGAUAGAUACUGUGUAUAUAAUGAUAACAUUUCACUUGUUAGACGCUUUUAUCCAAAGCCACUUACAUAUUCAAUACUGUGGGCAAUCCCCACAGGAGCAAUUUGAGGUGAAGUGUCUUGCCCAUGGACACAACGACAUGCUGACUGCAGUGGGACUCGAACUUGCUACCCACUCAUUCGAAGUUCAGCGCACUAUCCACUGAGCCACAGCCUCCCGAUGAGUGUUGGAGAACCCAUUCCUGUCAGCUGCUAUGCAAAUAGCAGUGCCUUAAGUUGUCUAGCAUAAUUUAAAUCAGUACUGCAUUAUUUUUGCAGCGGAGCUGAACAACGAUGUCAUAUGAAUAUGUCACUGAAUUGAUUUGUUUAGUUAUACAACUCUGAAGUAUAUUAAAUGUUCUAAGUCUUGCA